GAACGUAUGAACAUAUGAGACAAUAUUUUGAUGGAAAUCAAUCCAGACUAGACGUAUGUUUAAUCAGUAAGUCAUGACUUUUUGAAUUGUUUUAUCAUUUAGACAAUUUAUUCAUGGCGGUUUUUGAAAUUUUCCCAACAAUUUGUUGUUAUCUUGGAAAUAUCUGAACGUUCUCAAACUUGUAUUUGGGUCGGGCCAAAAUGUCAAAGUUGUCAAACAAAACAGGAAUCGGGCUGAUAAUUUCGCGUUUUUAAGCCUAAAAAGAAAUUAAAUAUAUGAUUUAAACCUCGUAUUCUUCUUCAGGCGUUUUGUACUAAAGUUCCAUAACGUGGGAACGUAGCGGUCGCGUUUUCGACGUGAUGAGCGCUCGUAGAAGGGUCUUACUCUUAUUGUUUAUUACUUGUCGUAUUUUGUGACAGUGGAAAUGAUUCGCACGUACAAACGGAAGCCGCUGGAGUGCCGGUACAUCGAGGGCGUGAUGGGGCUGUGCCGGCUCUGCCUCGGCACCGCGGAGGCGGCGGUGCCGAUAUUUACUGAAGACCCCGAUAACAUCUGCUCCACGCUCGCUAUGAGGAUUAUGAUCUGUGUCGGUUUGGAUGUAAAACGCGAUGACAACCUCCCGAACCUAGUUUGUGUAACCUGCUACAAGUAUCUAGAAAACUACUACGCUUUCCGGAAGAAAUGUGAACUGUCAUAUCACAGAUUGAAGUCACAUCUCCAAGCAUCUCGCAACCGGCAACCAAUUGAAACAGUUACAGAGAAUGAAGAGAUAUUGAAAGAGAUGAUUGAUCAGGACGAGAAUAUGAACAUUAAUGAGUUUGGGUUGGAAAUCGGUGAGGAGUCUGACAACAAGGUGGAGCCAGAAUCAGUGAUAGGUGAUGUGCAAACAGUAGAUCCUGUUCAGGAAAAUUCAGAAGCUGCUGAGGAAGAAUAUAGAGUGAUGCAACCCAACGAGUUAAAUACACUCAUAACAUCAGUACUCGUGAAGCUUGGCAUCCUGUCGCAGCGCGAUGACCAGCUAGCAGUGCUUAGAUCAGAUGUUUCAAGGCUGCAGCUUGAAGCCGGAGAUGGGGCGGUGGUCAGGAUGGAGUUAGUCGAAGAGCGCGAUGACCAGCUAGCAGUGCUUAGAUCAGAUGUUUCAAGACUGCAGCUUGAAGUCGGAGAUGGGGCGGUGUGGUCAGGAUGGAUACUCGUGAAGCUUGGCAUCCUGUCGCAGCGCGAUGACCAGCUAGCAGUGCUUAGAUCAGAUGUUUCAAGGCUGCAGCUUGAAGCCGGAGAUGGAGCGGUGGUCAGGAUGGAGUUAGUAGAAGAGCUUGGCAUCCUGUCGCAGCGCGAUGACCAGCUAGCAGUGCUUAGAUCAGAUGUUUCAAGGCUGCAGCUUGAAGCCGGAGAUGGAGCGGUGGUCAGGAUGGAGUUAGUAGAAGAGCUUGGCAUCCUGUCGCAGCGCGAUGACCAGCUAGCAGUGCUUAGAUCAGAUGUUUCAAGGCUGCAGCUUGAAGCCGGAGAUGGAGCGGUGGUCAGGAUGGAGUUAGUAGAAGAGCUUGGCAUCCUGUCGCAGCGCGAUGACCAGCUAGCAGUGCUUAGAUCAGAUGUUUCAAGGCUGCAGCUUGAAGCCGGAGAUGGAGCGGUGGUCAGGAUGGACAAUCUCAUAGCAUCAGUACUCGUGAAGCUUGGCAUCCUGUCGCAGCGCAAUGACCAGCUAGCAGCGCUUAGAUCAGAUGUUUCAAGGCUGCAGCUUGAAGCCGGAGAUGGAGCGGUGGUCAGGAUGGAGUUAGUAGAAGAGUCGAAGAGGUAUAGUAGGACUAGUAGACAUACUCCUAUCAGCAAUCUCAUAACAUUAGUACUCGUGAAGCUUGGCAUCCUGUCGCAGCGCGAUGACCAGCUAGCAGUGCUUAGAUCAGAUGUUUCCAGGCUGCAGCUUGAAGCCGGAGAUGGGGCGGUGGUCAGGAUGGAGUUAGUCGAAGAGGAUGACGAGUUGGAAACAGAUGUCAAACAGGAUUAUUUAAUAGAAAUAUCCGAGGCUCCUGCCCCAGCGGAGGCUCCGAAAGAAACAAAGACAGGUUUCCAGCGGCAGGCUAAGCUAAUCGAACCGAAACCUAGCUUUGUUGAAGCGAAGAAAAAGACUGGCAAGAUGCACACAAACAUCGGCGCCAUGGGGUGCCCGACGUGCGGGCGCGUGCUGGCGUCGCGCUCGGCGCUGCUGCGCCACGCGCGCACGCACUCCGGCGAGCGGCCCUUCGCGUGCCCGCGCUGCCAGCGCCGCUUCGCGCAGAAGGAGGUCAUGCAGCGACACAUGCUGGUCCACGAAGGUAAUACCGCACAUACACUACCGUCGCGCUCGGCGCUGCUGCGCCACGCGCGCACGCACUCCGGCGAGCGGCCCUUCGCGUGCCCGCGCUGCCAGCGCCGCUUCGCGCAGAAGGAGGUCAUGCAGCGACACAUGCUGGUCCACGAAGGUAAUACCGCACAUACACUACCGUCGCGCUCGGCGCUGCUGCGCCACGCGCGCACGCACUCCGGCGAGCGGCCCUUCGCGUGCCCGCGCUGCCAGCGCCGCUUCGCGCAGAAGGAGGUCAUGCAGCGACACAUGCUGGUCCACGAAGGUAAUACCGCACAUACACUACCGUCGCGCUCGGCGCUGCUGCGCCACGCGCGCACGCACUCCGGCGAGCGGCCCUUCGCGUGCCCGCGCUGCCAGCGCCGCUUCGCGCAGAAGGAGGUCAUGCAGCGACACAUGCUGGUCCACGAAGGUAAUACCGCACAUACACUACCGUCGCGCUCGGCGCUGCUGCGCCACGCGCGCACGCACUCCGGCGAGCGGCCCUUCGCGUGCCCGCGCUGCCAGCGCCGCUUCGCGCAGAAGGAGGUCAUGCAGCGACACAUGCUGGUCCACGAAGGUAAUACCGCACAUACACUACCGUCGCGCUCGGCGCUGCUGCGCCACGCGCGCACGCACUCCGGCGAGCGGCCCUUCGCGUGCCCGCGCUGCCAGCGCCGCUUCGCGCAGAAGGAGGUCAUGCAGCGACACAUGCUGGUCCACGAAGGUAAUACCGCACAUACACUACCGUCGCGCUCGGCGCUGCUGCGCCACGCGCGCACGCACUCCGGCGAGCGGCCCUUCGCGUGCCCGCGCUGCCAGCGCCGCUUCGCGCAGAAGGAGGUCAUGCAGCGACACAUGCUGGUCCACGAAGGUAAUACCGCACAUACACUACCGUCGCGCUCGGCGCUGCUGCGCCACGCGCGCACGCACUCCGGCGAGCGGCCCUUCGCGUGCCCGCGCUGCCAGCGCCGCUUCGCGCAGAAGGAGGUCAUGCAGCGACACAUGCUGGUCCACGAAGGUAAUACCGCACAUACACUACCGUCGCGCUCGGCGCUGCUGCGCCACGCGCGCACGCACUCCGGCGAGCGGCCCUUCGCGUGCCCGCGCUGCCAGCGCCGCUUCGCGCAGAAGGAGGUCAUGCAGCGACACAUGCUGGUCCACGAAGGUAAUACCGCACAUACACUACCGUCGCGCUCGGCGCUGCUGCGCCACGCGCGCACGCACUCCGGCGAGCGGCCCUUCGCGUGCCCGCGCUGCCAGCGCCGCUUCGCGCAGAAGGAGGUCAUGCAGCGACACAUGCUGGUCCACGAAGGUAAUACCGCACAUACACUACCGUCGCGCUCGGCGCUGCUGCGCCACGCGCGCACGCACUCCGGCGAGCGGCCCUUCGCGUGCCCGCGCUGCCAGCGCCGCUUCGCGCAGAAGGAGGUCAUGCAGCGACACAUGCUGGUCCACGAAGGUAAUACCGCACAUACACUACCGUCGCGCUCGGCGCUGCUGCGCCACGCGCGCACGCACUCCGGCGAGCGGCCCUUCGCGUGCCCGCGCUGCCAGCGCCGCUUCGCGCAGAAGGAGGUCAUGCAGCGACACAUGCUGGUCCACGAAGCGGUGCGUCCACACAAGUGCUCAACGUGCAACAAGAGCUUCACUCAACGCAACGCUUUGCAUCUCCACGAGCGCUCACACCUCCCCCCGCACGAGAGAGCGCUGGCGCUGCACAGCUGCCCUCACUGUCCUAAACUCUUCCUUUAUUCUUCAGGUCUUUCACGCCACAUGAUGACUCACUCAGGCCGCGUGUACGUCUGCGGCGCUUGCCGACGACAGUUCGCAGACAAAAGUUCAGUUCUGCGUCACCACAGAGCCCGGCACGCGCAUCUAGAGGAACCCGACGAACCCGAGUGCGUAGAAACAGAAAACCCGCCCACAGAAGAUGAUAAUACAUAGCGGGAAUAAUUAUAUUGUGAUAGGUACGCUUAUGUUUCGGAAACCCGACGAACCCGAUAAUGUAGAAACUGAGUACACGCUCAAUAAAGACGAAAAUGCAUCGCGGGGCGUAUGUUCUGCAUCACCAUAAAACUCCACACGUGCAACUAGAGGAACCCGAGUACGUAGACACUGAGAACGCGGUCACUGUAAAUAAAAAUAUAUAAUAGAGAUAAUUAUCUUGUGACACGUGCGCGUAUGUUUAGGAAAUCCGACGAACCCGAUGGUGUAGAAUAGAAACUGCCAAUACGUCCAAUGAAGACGAAAAUACAUAGCGGAGCGUGUGUUUUAUGUCACCUUACAGCUGGAUAUGCAACAAGAGGAACCCGAGUGUGUAGAAUUUAAAAACGCGUCUAUUGAAGAUGAAAAUAGAUAGUGGAGCGUGUGUUCUACGCUAAUAUAGAAUACGCCACGUGAAAUUAGAACAACCCUUCGAACCCGAGUGUGUAGAAACGUAAAGCGCGUCGACUGAAGAAUAAAAUAAGCAGUGGAGCGUAUACAGUUCUACGUCACCACAUCCACCAACCACCAACAAUUAAUACUGUUGUUGUGGAUGGUUUCUUAACGAAAGGUAGUUUAGUCUGUGACUAAAAUAUUCAUAUAGUCAAAAUAUUAUAUUUAUAUUUAUAGUAUUUUAACUUGCCAACAUAGGUAAUAAAACUCAUUCGGACACACCUAAACCUUCAACUGCACUUUAAUUACCCAUAACAUUUUCUACUUAUUCAAUUUUCUUCCCUGCUAGGAGUGAUCAAAGUGGCACUUUUCUGUUCUAGUACAUUUUAUUGCCAGAUAUAUUUCAUUGUGUUAAAAUAUUAACACAAUGAAAUAUGAAAAUCAAUCUAUUACAAUUUCUUUAUAAUCGAUUACGUGCACACCAUUUUUUUAGCUUAAAUAAUAUUUUAAAACAUAAUAAUAUCCUCAUAGAUGAUGUGAAAAGCAGUAUGUGUCACAUAGUAGCAAAAUUAUAUCAAUCAUAACACAUUCACGGCCGGGAACCCACCUGGUGGGCGCUCGUGAACUUCGUUCAGAUGCCGGACAACUCGCUGGGCGGGUUGUUUGUACGCAGCUAUAGACCACCGGUUUCUGGGGUAGUGCGCCGUUUUUUAAAAUGUGAUAAAUAAAUAUAUAUAUAUAUAUUAUAGGACAUUAUUACACAAAUUGACUAAUCCCACGGUAAGCUGAAUAAGGCUUAUGUUGCGGGUAACCUUGGGUUGGGCGGUUAACACUAUUCGUCAAUACACUCAGGAGCCAAUGUACGCCCACGCCGUAAAUGUUAUUUUGCUCCCAUGUGACAAAAUCUACUAUUU